CAGGGACGAUUUGCCAAAGGAUGGCUGUUUUGGAAAAGAAAGGAAUAGAAAGCGUUUACUAAUUGAAUGCCAACUUGCUUUAUACAGAAAUGUCUUAUAAAAGAGAUCAGGGACGAUUUGCCAAAGGAUGACUGUUUUGGAAAAGAAAGAAAUAUAAAGCGUUAACUAAUUGAAUGUCAACUUGCUUUAUGCAGAAAUGUCUUAUAAAAGAGGUGCUGCUCAUGCUGCUGCUAUCCAGGGCAACAUUGACAAAGUUAGCAGACUGGAUGAAUCCGGUUAUCCAUUGGACAGACAAGAUGAACUGGGAGAAACUCCACUAAUGAAGAGCAUUUUACACGAUCAAAAAAAUAUAGCAAAAUAUCUAUUGGGCAAGAUACCACAUGCUUCCCUUAGGGUAAGCAAUCAUAAAUAUGUAUGGAAUGCUCUGCAUUUCAUGGCAUAUUAUGCACGCCCAUGGCCAGACAUUUGGAACACUAUUAUUGAAAGAGCGCCCGAAUGUUUAAAUCAGAUUGACGUAGAGAACCGCACGCCGAAACAGCUCCUUCAGCAUAUGACUACAAACAGUGAGGGCCAUGCAACACUUACUAAGCUGUUAAAGGAAGAUGCUGUCCAUAUAGCUGCUGUGGAAGGCAACCUGAAUAUUAUAAAGAAGCUGAGUGAGUGUAAUUUCCAGUUGGACGGAGUUGAUAAUUUCGGAGAAACGCCAUUGAUGGAGGCUAUAAUGUAUGGUCAUCGAAAUGUGGCCGGGUUUCUGAUAGACAAGAUAUCACCUGCUUCUGUGCAGGUGAAGAAUGUUAAAAAUAACUGGAACGCUCUUCAUCUCAUGGCAAAAUAUGGACGUACUUGGCCAGGUAUAUGGGAUAGGAUUGUAAAGUAUGCUCCACAGUGUUUAGAUGAGGAAGACCUGGAAGGUCGAACACCUCAAGAGUUGUCUACGAAAACUGAAGAGGACAAAGAUUACAACCUUGUCAACAAAUGUUUAGCAAUCGAUAACGUAGAAGAGCUGAAAAGGUUUUACAGAGAAGGAGGGUCACGCCUAAAAAACCUCAUCACCGAAGGGACACGUCUCAUUCAUGCAGUCAAUCAUGAUCAGGAAGAUGUUGCUAUGUACUUAGCAAAUAUCGUGCCUGCUACCACUCUCACCGAAAAAGACUCCGACCAAAACAAUGUGCUACAUUGUAUGGCUUUACGGGGGCGUCCUUGGAAUGACGUUUGGCGGACGAUUUCUCGAAAAUGUCCAACACACUUGUAUAAAAAAAACGUCAAUGAUAUGACACCAUUGGAUUUGUUGAUAAGGAAUAGAGACAAAAGCCGGGAACACAAGCGCCUAUUCGAUUGUAUUAUAAUGAAAGGUGAUAUGACAGACCAGGUCAACGAUUAUGCUAGAGAUGGAGAUCUAGACAACCUGAAAAAGCUCUUCAUAAAGGGACACCCACUGGAGACACGAAGCAGAUUUGGACAGACUUCUCUCAUGUUUGCAAUUCUACAUGACAAAGAAAGUGUUGCAUUAUACCUAACAGAAAUCACAUCUGUUUAUCAAUCCUGCCAAAGUGAUGAUUUAGAAAAUAACGCUUCUCAUUACCUAGCGACCUUUGGGCGUCCUUGGAAAGAAGUCUGGCAGAUGCUUUCUAAGAAAUGUCCAGGUAUUUUGGACCAAAAGGACGAGGAUGGGAUGACUCCGAUAAAUUUGGUGAUAAAGAACCGAGACAAAAGCAGUGAACACAGGCGCUUGUACGAGUUAGUCAUAAAGAAUGAGCUUCCGUCCUUCUUCAAUGAAUUGGAAAGUGAGGUCGUGGUAAGGUAUGUCCGUGGAUUAUACGAGCAUGCAGAGGAAACCAGAAACAUCAAAAUUUUAUUCGUAGGUCAGAAAAUGGUGGGGAAAACGUGUCUAGUGAAACAGCUUUUCGGAGAAUACAUUGAUCGUCACAACCACCAUUCAACCAAUGUUGCGGAACUUCAUAUCCGAAGACUUUUGCUUGACUUGCAGACAUCGCAAAGGAUAUCCGGCACGUCAGCCAAGGACAUUUUGCUUGAAAGACUUCGUAUGGUUGUGAAUAAAAUUAAGGAACACAAUCGACCGAAUGACAGGGUGGAAACAAAGCUGAAAAGUUAUAAUGCUGAAAAAUACACCAAAAGCACAGACAAUGGAAACGCAGACCCUGGUGAGGCACCUGACGCACCCGAUAAACAUGACCCACCUAACGCACAUGACACAUUGUCCUGGGGAAAUGACAAGGAAAGACCCCAGGCAGAAUCCGAAUUACCAACAGUAAAUAUCACCUCAAAACAGAAAGAGGUGAUUGAUUUGGUGCUGCGUAAGAAGGCCAGUUCCCUGUAUAAGUCAAAGGCAUUCGUCACAAUGUAUGACUUCGGAGGAGAGGAAGUCUUCUACAAUACCCAUCACUCCCUCAUGACAAGUGACAGCAUCUACCUACUGGUGUUCAACGCUGCGAUGUGUCUCAAUGACAAGGAAAAGAAGGAAGGUCUAGAAAGUAUAGUUAAGUGGUUGCAGUCGAUAGCGACAUACGCAGUGGAUAUCGAAGAGAGCAGGAAAGGGACGCCACCAGUGUUGUUGAUCGGUUCCCAUAUGGAUCUUGUAGGAGGAUCAGAGGCGAUGAAAAAAGAAGCACUAGCUAAUAUAUUAGGCGAGCUCAGAUCUGUCCCGGGAAUACCGGAAAUAAUGGAAACUCAUAUCAAGGGUAUCUUUCCGAUCCCUCACUUGAAUGACAGCAGUACAUGUAAAGAUGUCUUCCUGAAGAUAUGGAGAAAAAUAGCGGAGAUUGCGCCACUGCAGUCACAGUGGAGAAAGAGAAUCCCAGGGAAAUGGAUUGCCCUUGAAUUCGAAUUGUUACAAAAGAAAGAUUCGAGGGUGAAAGUCAUUACAAUUGAGGAGUUGGCGGAGUUAAACAGAGAGAUGACACUGCCACUGGAUGGCAUGGCUAGCUUGAAGUUAUUUCUGAGGUAUCUCCAUCUGACUGGAUUCAUGCUUUGCUUUGAUCUGGAAAGUGACAAUCCUAUCAUUGUUUUGGAACCUCAGUGGGUGAUUGACGCCUUUAAGUGCCUGAUAACUGCAAUCAAGUUUGUUAGUGGACUAACCUGUUCUGAAAGGAAACUUUGGGAAGAGUUUGAAGAGACGGGACGACUGCCGAAAGAAGUUUUGAAAAUACUAUGGGGGAAACAUCCUGAACACAAAUUCCUUGACCAUUUCCAUGUUCUUGUAGCAGCCAUGGAGCGACUCGGACUUCUUGUGAAGCCGCUGCCGAAAGACAAAGACGAACAGGUGAACAACUACGUUGUCCCAAGCAUGUUGAAGACAGCUGGAGACGCGGAGAUAGAGAUUGCAGAACAGAUACUGUUCAAAUCUACAACAGUCAAAUCUUGCACACUUUGUGUUCAAUUUAAAAAACGGUUCAUUCCACAGGCGAUCUGGGAUAAAUUCAUUGCAGCCUGUAUCCAGAGAUUCCAGCCUUUUGUAAUUCCCGAUAAGCCAUGUUUCCGUUACUGUCACAGAGGUUUCGUCGCCUUAGCGAUUGACCGACUCUGGAAUAUAAUGAUUCAUUGUAGUGGCAAUGUGAUGAAACUCACACUGUUCAAGAUCAAUGGUGAUAGUGCAGUUGCCCCGGGAAGAGGUAAUGCUAUCCGGCUCGUGUUAGUUGAUGUCCUGCAACAAAUACUGAUCAUGAACCAACAGGGCCACCUGAAGUUCGACUACUACCUACACUCCCACCCGAUAGUGAGGCCAAGUGAUGAGGCAGUGGAGGCGGACCGACUUCUUCAGACCUCACCACUGGAUUGUUUACAAACUGAUCAUGGUGUCGGGGUCCAGAAGACGGAACCCAUACACAGACAACACUAUGAUGUAUGGUUUGAUGUCUUUACAGAGAAUCAUGGACAAGAAGUAUCCGGUGUGGAUUUACAAAGACGUCCGACCUACAGAGAGAUGGGCCGUAUCGCGAAGUUCAUCUACGAAGCUCAUCAUAUGUUCUUCAUUGAACUUGGACUUCGGGAUGCAGAGAUCAGCCAGAUCCGACAAACAUGUGGUCAUCUGUCCUUCAGGUCACAGGUGACCAAGAUCUUCCUCUCCUGGAGUAAUCCCCGUCUGGACGUUAGUUUACAGCAGAUUGUCACGGCAAUGGAAACACAUGGGCUGGAUAGCACUGCUAUGAUGACAGAACUUGAACACAUCAAAGAUACAAAUCUCAUUCAAGGAUCCCGGAUACCUGAGUGCCAUCUAAGAAGAAUACCACAGCAAGAGGAAGUUGAAACCAUCGCAGCAUUUGUAGAUACAUCGUAUUUCAACUUAUUUCUCGAACUUGGAUUGCAGCCAGAGACAAUCGCAAGGUUUGAAAUGGAACACAAACUUUCAAGUGUUAAAACCUUAUUCAUAGAACUAUUGAAUGUCUGGGCAAAGGAAUCCGGAGACAAAGCGACGCUCAACAGCGUAUUGGUGGCAAUGAAAGAGUGCAAUAUGAAUGUAUACGCUGUAACACAGGAAUUGUCAGAUAAUUUAUGAGUGGGCAUUCAUUACGACGAAAACACGUGGUUAUAAAAGCUCACUAUAAACCAUGGCGUUGAUUACAUACCUCAUAUCCUUCGUUUCAAGUCCUUUAUCAUGCCUAAAGUUCAUAUGUGAAGUGUUAACACUCAGCAACCAUAAUUAACACUUAUUUUGAUAUAAUGUAACGAUAAUGGUUUCUGUGUUUCAAAUCUACCAAUCUUAGUGGAAACAUUGCUUAUGGGAUGAACAUCUUAACAGAUUAGGUAUGUAAAUUUUAAAUAUUGUGUGUUAA